AUGGAAGAUUUGCACGCCAUCGGAGACGUCGUGCGUGAAUUGUGCGCGGUGGAUGAUGGGGUGCUGAUGCGAUCGACCCUGGGGUGCAUGGAUGGGUUUAAGGUGGCGUUGCGCGCGGAGCGAGAGGACGACGACGAGGCGAGGAGAGAAAUUUGCGUCGCGGCGUUGUUUGGAUUGAGCAAGCUCGCGACGACGGCGAGGGAACAAGUCAUCGGGGGGGAUGUGGAAGAAGAUGUGGUACUUGAAAUGCUUCGCGUGCAGUGUAAGGCGCCGAAUAUGCGAUUUUCAGAACGCGCUCGGGCGAUGUCGACGUACGUCAAGGCGGUGGGCGUUCGGGAAAACUUGACAAACGUCAACGUUCGGACGCCUCCGGCAUCGCCGAAGGAUAAGAGUGGUAGAACUAUAGGUGGCUUAGCGCGAGCGUUUGCAUCGCAACAAGAGAUGGCAGAUUUCAACACACCAGACGUGAGCGACGACGAGGGGACAGAGGAGCGCAGGCAAUCGAUGAGUUCGCUGUGCGCGUCACCGAGUAGAAUCUUCUACUCGCCGAAAAUUUUGAGCGGAGAUGGCACGGUCGUUGAUGAAGCGAUCACACCUCCAGGCACAGUUAUAUGUCGCAUCUGCGAACAGCCUGUCGCCAAACGAACUUUUGCCG